AUGUCCAUCACCACAAUCGAUUACGCUGUCCCUAAUAAAACUCACAACAAGCACGAUGUCUUCUUCCACUCAGACAUCAUUCACACAAUGAUCACAAAUAAACCUUUCAUGGUGGACAAAUGGCUCUCAAGCAUCAAACCAUACGAAAACAACAAUAGCUUCCUUGUCGGCUUAGAUGUUGAGUGUCUCUUCAUCAACCACUCUGGUGUGUCUCCCCCAGCUGCUGUCCUUCAACUAUACAUAGGCGGAGAAUGCCUUGUUUUCCAAAUCCUACACGCCUCGUUCGUCCCGAAAUCGCUUGUUGCGUUUCUGGGCAACGAAAAUAACAAGUUUGUUGGUGUUGGGAUCAGAGAGGACAUGGACAAGCUUCUUAGAGACUUUUCUUUGCUUGUUGUGAAUUUUGUGGAUCUUCGUUACCUCGCCGCUGAGAAGUUGGGAGAGAAAGCGAUGAAAUCUGCUGGGCUUAAAACAUUGGCUUUGUGUGUUCUUGAUAAGGAGAUUGAAAAACCAAAGAAAAUUACUUUGAGUGACUGGGGUGGAUUUCCGCUUACAGUCAAGCAAGUUCAAUAUGCAUGUGUUGAUGCUUUUAUCUCGUUUGAGGUUGGAAGGCUUCUUCUAGAGUUUGAUUCUUAG